GAUGAUGAAAAAAAUGAUGAGGAUGAUGAUUAUAAUGACGAUGGUAAUGAUAAUGGCGAUAAAAGUAAUGGCCAAAUUGUUCCAUCAAGAUCUAAACGUAUGAUACGAUCCACAAUAUUUGAAAUGAAAGAAAUGCCACAAUCUAUGAUUCAACAUUCGAAUCGUCAUCAUCAUCAUAAUUUACAUUAUUCACAUAUUCAUUCAGCAUUAUCAUCACCGUCAUCAUUGGAGGAAAACACAUCAACAUCAAUCAUUCAAUCAAAACAGAAUGUAUCAACCAGCCAUAGCCUUAUGGAAUCAUUGGCAACAUUGCCUUUGACAAUGAAUUCUGAUCUAAGCAAUACCAAAGAAUCAUCAUCAUCAUCAUCAUCAUCGAUACGAAUACGUCGGCAGGAUAUUGGUUCAGUUGAAAAUUCAACCGUAAUUGUUCAUAGUUUACCGGUUGAACAAUAUGAUCAAGAACAACCGGUUGAUCAAUCAACAACAACAACAGACAACGAACAGACUGUGUUGUUGGCUGAUCAACCAGAAUUCAAUAAUAAUGCGGAUUCCAUGAAUCCAUCUAUCAAUAGGCAACGACGACAGAAAAAGCGGAAAAGAAAAUUCAACAAUAUUGCUUAUCAAAGGAAUCCCUAUCAUUAUUCAUAUUCACCACCAUCGAAUUCACAUCCCAUAUACAUAGGCCUUGAAAUUAUCGACAUUGAUCAUAUAAAUGAUGCUGAAAAUUAUUUUUCACUACAAUUAUAUCUGUUCGAAAUGUGGGAAGAACCACGCCUUAAUACAACAGCAUUACGUUAUUGGUCACGAAAAUCUGAACCAAUACCAGUGUUGGAAGCGAAUAUGGCCGAUUGCCUGUGGACACCAUCAUUAAUAUUUGAAGAUUCUACCGAAAAAGAGCAUCUAUUACCACCAACAAAUAUUUUACUUGCACAUCCAGAAUUUAAUCGAUCAUUGGUUCUAUUACGAAAAUCAAGAUAUUCAUUAAAAGUCCGUUGUCAUAUGAAUCUACAGAUCUAUCCAAUGGAUAAACAUUCUUGUCAUUUCAAGAUUCGUACUUUUACUGAUCCAAUUCGAAAAGUGUCAUUAAAAUGGCUAUCAAAUUCUGGCAGCCCAAAACCAGAUCUAUUGGAUGUGAAUCAAAAUGAAGUGAUUUAUUCAUCUGAAUUUGCACCAUCAUUAUUUGAUAUCCGAGUACAACGGCCUGCUGGUUAUUCAACAAUAAAGUGGCUCAAUGAUCAUUAUUCAGUAUUGGCCGUUGAAUUCAUUUUUGAACGACGAAUCAUACAUUCAUUGUUGACAGUGUAUAUACCAUCAUCAUUGAUUGUAACGUUAUCAUGGUUACAAUUUUGGUUCGAUGUUGAAGCUGUACCCGGUCGUAUGUCAUUGGGUAUAAUGUCCACAUUAACAAUAAUGACACAAAUCUUAACUAAUUAUGAAAAAGCUGGUAAUCAUGUUACGGCUGUCGAUAUAUGGCUAUUCGUUUGUUUAAUAAUGGUAUUCUUAGCAUUGAUGGAAUAUGCGUUAGCUUAUACCAUAUCACAUUAUUAUGAUAAUUUCGAUGAUGAUGAUGAUGAUAAUAAUGGUGAUGCUGGUGUUGACCACAAUAAUAAUGAUAAUAAACAACAAGAAUCAUCAUUAAUGGCCAAUACGGAUAUUGAUGAAAUGAUGAUUGAUAAACUUAAAAUGAUCAAUAAUUCAACGUCUGCUAUGACUGGAAAUUGUCUCACUACUACAACACCAAAUCCUGUACAUCAGUCAUUAUUUCAAACAGCAAUUUCCCAUAAUAAUAAUAACCAGGUUUCACCAAUGAAAACUUCUAGUCUUCCCGCUGAUCUUUUACUGAACGAAUCAUUGAAAGAUAAUAAUACAAAAACGAAUGAUGAGAAUAGACCACCACAAUCAGCAGCUACUAGUGAUCGUAUUGUACAAGCUCAACAACAGAUACAAAAUGCAUCGAAAGAAUUAGAACAAUUAUUGUGUGAAAAAUUUGCCGAAACACUCGGUAUGGUUCAAUCAGCCCAGCGUUCUAUGUGGGAUGCACAACGUUUACAGCAAACAUUAUCAAUGAUCCAACAACAACAACAACAACAACAAUUUCCUGGCAAACAGUCAAUCAAUGAAAAUGAAAAUUCCAAAUUUUUACAUCAACGAAGGCCAAUGGUGAUGACUUAUAGUAGUGGUGGUGAUGGUAGUGUCCGACAGCAGCCAUCCAGGCCACGAACAUCAUCAACAUCAUGUCGAACCGGUACGACAAAUAAAUCGCAUCGAUUAUCGAAAUUUCGCCAAUCAUUACGGCGACAAAUGUCUAGCCGUAAUCUUAAAGCGGUCAGUGGUGUCGGUGGUUGGGCUCAUCGUAAUCGUAUGGGUGGUUUUGAUACGCAACGAUCAAAACUAAGUGAAGUGGAUUAUUGUAGCCGUUAUCUAUUUCCAUUUUCAUUUGUAUUGUUUGCCAUUGGCUAUUGGAUUGCAUUGAUUUAUUAUAAAUUAAUGAGCUGAUUAAUCAUCAAUUAAUCAAUAGUAUUCAUUAUUCAUAUUUGUAUAAUUUCGACUUUUUGUUUUUCAUUUCAAAUUUUUUUUUUUCCAUCACUAACACCAAUCGAUUCGUCAUGUUUUUAUCUAUCCAUUUUAGUUGUUUCAUUGAUCGUCAAUCAUUGAUCGCACAAAAUUUUGUGUGUGAAUCUCUAACCAAAAAAAAUGAAAAAAAAGCUUUUAAUCCACCCAAGUGACAUUUAAAUUCUCAUCUAUUGUUCAAAACUUGUUAUCAUCUGUGAGUAUCGGUUAUUUUGAAAAAGAAAAAGAAGAAGAAGAAAAUUCUCAUAUCGAUCCAUCAUUUUGAUAUUAAAAAAUUUCUAGUCUACACCCAUCGUUUUAUGUUCAAUAUUCUAUGGAUUCAUAUAUUAUUAUUAUAUGACAAUGAGAAGUCAAUAUUUUGUUUUAUAAAAUGUGAUGCAAAUUUACCAAAUGUUUAUUGAGAAUGUUGUUGUUGUUGUUGUUAUUAUUAUUAUUGUUUUGUUCUGAAUGGUUAAUUUACUGUCAACAAUGAAAAAAAACUUUGAGAAUUUUUUUUCCAUCCCCUUUUUUGCACCGAUUCAUUGACUUUAUUUUUAUUGUAAAUAUUCAUUUUAUUUAUGUGAUGGAAUUGUUGUUGUUUGUUAAUGAAAUGAUAUUUUUUGUCGAAAGCACCCAACUACCCACACACACACACACACAUACAAACGAUUGGAAUCCACGAUAAGAUAAAAGACAAAAGAAAAUCA